GCUGGGGAGGCGCCACAUCCGGCGGCUGACUCGUUGUGUAUAAAACCGAGGCCGCAGUAGUCGGCUUCCAGCAGCAGCCCUGGGCUCUUUUCGGCUAGGGGAGCAGCUGCUCCAAUGCCCCACAGCGGCCAUGAGCAUCCCGCACUGGUGGGACCAGCUGCGGGCCGGCAGCUCGGAGGUGGAUUGGUGCGAGGACAACUACACCAUCGUGCCUGCCAUCGCCGAGUUCUACAACACGAUCAGCAACGUCUUAUUUUUCGUUUUACCGCCCAUCUGCAUGUGCUUAUUUCGCCAGUACGCAACAUGCUUCAACAGUGGCAUCUACCUAAUAUGGACGCUCUUAGUUGUAGUGGGAAUUGGAUCCGUCUACUUCCACGCAACCCUAAGUUUCUUGGGCCAGAUGCUCGAUGAACUUGCAAUCCUUUGGGUUCUGAUGUGUGCUCUGGCCAUGUGGUUCCCCAGAAGGUAUCUACCAAAGGUCUUUCGGAACGACAGGGGUAGGUUCAAGGCAGUGGUCUGCGUCCUUUCUGCGGUGACGACAUGCCUGGCGUUCGUCAAACCGGCCAUCAACAACAUCUCUCUGAUGACCCUCGGGGUUCCUUGUACCGUGCUGCUCGUUGCCGAGCUGAGGAGGUGUGACAACGUGCGUGUCUUUAAGCUGGGCCUCUUCUCGGGCCUGUGGUGGGCCCUGGCGCUCUUCUGCUGGAUCAGUGACCGAGCCUUCUGCGAGCUGCUGUCGUCCUUCCACUUUCCCUACCUGCACUGCGCGUGGCACAUCCUCAUCUGCCUUGCCGCCUACCUGGGCUGCGUCUGCUUUGCCUACUUUGACGCUGCUUCCGAGAUUCCCGAGCAGGGCCCCGUCAUCAAGUUCUGGCCCAGUGAGAAAUGGGCCUUCAUCGGUGUCCCCUAUGUGUCUCUCCUGUGUGCCAGCAAGAAAUCACCGGUCAAGAUCACGUGAUGGCAAGGCAGUGGCUGGCUUCUCUGCCUAUUUUUCCUCAUGCACUGGGCUUCACUUGCCAGCAAAGACAGCUGGUGGUUUGUAGAGUUGGGGGUAGGGGUCUGUCUUUUUAGUAUUUUGUUCCCUUGGGCUCUAACCAGCGAGUCUGUGGCUCACCAGGACUCCACUGUGCAUGGGGGAAGAAGGUCUUUCCCUUUCCCAAGACGGAAAGUGAACUGAGGGGCAUCAGGUAGAUCUUCUCAGCGUCCCUUCCAGAUACAGUGACUGGUUGGGCUGUAUCCUUUGUGAUGGCAAGGUGGUCCCUUGUGGGAGCCUCAAUUCCCAGAAGGCGUUUGCUCCAGACCCCACUGGUCCCAUGUGCUCUCAGAGUGGACCCUCCUGCUGACAGACUCUGUGACAGGCAAGACCAUCUGACUGAUGGAAGAUGCCAGGGAUUUUCAUCUGGGGAAAUGGUCCUAAAAUAAAACCAAGCCAAUGAAACCCACGCAGGGCUUGUGGCUGAGGAGGCUACUGGUCUACUUGGAGACUCUCGGUAACCAGAUUUUACUUGUGCUUGUGAAUCCUUUCUCUACUACCUCUGCUGAGAGCCGGGGACUUCAGAUGAGAGUGGAGUGGACAGAAAAACCCUCUGUGCCAAAAGCUACACUCCACUUUAAGCCAUUCUUGAAGAUGAGCACAAUUUCUAAGUGCCCCCCAGCCCAGGGGCCUCCAACACUUGGAGAAGAGUAGGUAUGGCUAAGCCAUCUGCACACAGAGCCCCACUCCUUGCUGCUGAACUCUGUAAAGUCAAGGCCUUGGGAUGGUCACAGUGGGGAUCCUGGUUUAACAUCUGGAGCAAACACAAAGUUCUGGAAACUUCUGCUAAUGGGAAACCUUCGAUUCUGGAAGUUAUCCUCGAAAACCUCGCCUCUUCUUUGUCCAGUGUUUCCUGUGGGAAUCGUACUCUGUGCACUCUGAGUACAAGGUGCUUCCUGUGGUUUUUCUGAGCAUCUGAUGGCUGCUUCUCUCGACUACUGAGGGGAUCCCAGGCUGGCUUUUCGGGUCACUUAUGCAGUGGGCAAGUCUGUUGCCUUCUGAGUUUUUCCUCAGCUCAGAUGACACUGGCUACCACUAACCUCUUCACUGGGCUGAAUGAAGACUCCAGAAAUGGUCAUCGAGGUGUGUGUGGGGGGGGUACAUGACCUCAGGGAUACUCACUGUCCCUCUGACACCUCCUGCCUUGCAGCAUUCCGCUGUGAAAGAGGGCAGGACGGAGGUGUCCUUGUGAGGACAGGAGUCGUAUCACCAAGGAUUGAAGAGUUGGGCAGUACCAGUCUGUGGCGUGUCUAGGAACUCUUGCUUUACUGAGAAUUUUGUACAGGAUCCAAGGUGAAAAGUCCAAUAAGGAACAAUGAACUGAGAGUUUAAAAAUGAGUGACUUUGUUCUCCUUCUGUGGUUUUCAAGUAAUUUUUUUUUUAGCACAACCCUAUUUACAGUAAGAGAUCCUGAUGGAACCCAAAUGUGAGAAAUGUGUUGUAUUCUAUUAAGUUUAUUUGCAGGUAGAACUUACAUAUUUCCCUAAUAUCAUGCAGUGAAGAUGCAAGUUAAAUUGUGGUUUCCAUGGUGAAAAAUUUGGUGUUGAAGGAGUGUACCUGUGUAUUAUGGUUUAAAAAUAUACUUUGAAAAAAGGUGUUUAUGUAUUAGUGGGCUUCUAAUGCACCUCUGAGAUUUUGGUGGUUCUUGGAACCACUGCGAGUUUUAAAACUUUGGUCUAGGAUUUUUUAAAGGGAAGUAGCAGUCCUUGCUUCAGAUUAAUUUCACCUGGCAUGGAUUCUGGGCUCCUCCAUUCGGUAGUAUCAGAAUGCUCCAAAGUAGAGAGAAGCUUCCACAUGCUUCAGGCCCAGCUGUCUUAGCGUGGAAACUUGGAUGAGGAGAGGCAGAGAAGUGCGGGAAGGGUUUGUGUUCUGUGUGAGGUUUAAUUUCUGUCUUGAGAGUUCCUCAUUGACAGGAGCACUGUUCAGCAGUUAGGGAGGGACUGUGUCUCUCUCUCAGGUAAAGGGGUGGGUGGGUCCUUGAUGAUCAUCACCUCCAACUCUCAUCUCUUUGAUCUUGCUCUUCUGGAAGUUUCUGAGUGUCCUUUGGAAAUAGGGAUGCAAUGUGACUGUUGGAAAUAAGGAGAUCAGCGCCCCAACUCACAGGGCUGUUUCCAUCUGUCUUCUACGAGACAGAUGACUUAGUUAAGAUAUCAGAAGGGAUAUUUUUGCUGUUUAAAAACAAAAACAAAAACAAAAAAACAAGGCCCUUCUAGAGAUUGGUUUUAAUGAGCUGAGGGCUGAUAACGUACGGAAUGGCUUUAUUUGAGGACAAAAACUGAACUUUUGAACAAAAAUCACUCUAGCUUGUUAGCUUGGUAAAUCGAGAAAGGAGUUGAACAAUCUAGUUUGAAGUUAGACUUCUGACAUAUUUAUAUUUACAUUUAUAUUUAGGAUGCUUUUCUUCUAGCACUAAACACUCUUGAAAGAAAAUUGGAAAACCACAGGAAAGUCGAAGGGAAAAAGAAGUCUGUAUUUCUAUUGUCCGAGAACAAUCAUUGUUAAUAUUCUGGUAUAUUUUCUUCUCGUCUCCCCCUCCUGCCCCAUAGCCUUGUGAGCAGCCGUCUUUUAGAGGGGACAGUUCUUCCGGUCGCUUGAAUGGAAUAUAAAUGCCAGUUAUGUAUUUUUCAUGAGGAGCAGCUUUUGGAAUACACUCGGUCAGCUGUACCCUUGAGAGCUCAUCACUGGAUUCUGACUUACUGCUGAGUCUUCUUUUUAAAUUGAGCCUGACAUGAAUAGGUCCCGAGAAAUAAUGAACUGAAUUCUAUCUUCCAGAGGCCUCUGCUCCGGAUUAACGAGUCGCAGGACAUUGCUGGUAAAAAUAGGGUUCUAUAGGUUUUCAGAUUUAAAAAAGUGAAUAGCUUAUUGAUUGAUGUGCAAUCAAGAAUCUUUUGGGUUUUUCUCUCUAAUAACGCAGAGACGUGGAGAUGUGAUGUUUGUGACUUAGGUCAUGGCAGGUCCGGUACAUUUGUGUUCUGCUUGGAUAGAUUUGCCUAAGACCGAGAAUGAGCAGGAGUUGGAUCUAAGAGAGUCAACAUUGCUGUCCUCGUUACCGAGCGAUCAUUUAAGUCGGUGAUUCUUAUUUUCCAGUGUUUGAUUCAAUCUUAAUUUUUAGAAAAAAAUCAUUGCUCUUUAUGAUUAUGAUUAUAUUAUUAGCACGAAUAUAUCGAAGGUGUAUGGGGGAGAGAUAACCUGAAUCUGUUUGGUAACAGGCUACAUUUUGGGGGAAAUGAGGCCUGUCCCUCGGAUGAGUGCCUAACAAUUGUGGAUCCAAGAUGUUCUGUUGGGGGAAUCUAAGCUUGAUGGUCAUCAAGCACAGACUUUCUUAAAAAAACAAAAACAAAACUGUAACUUGUUUUUACUGGAUUUCUCAGGUGUGUCAAAACUUCUCACCCGUUCAUCACGCUUAUGUGAACCAAUGCCAUGUUGCAGGUUCUGAGAGUGGGACGGAGUCUCCUCGGCUCUUCAUCCCAUGGGGCUGACACACAGCCAUCUGGGGGAUGGGGGAGGGCUGAAGCUUGUCCAGCGAGCACUCCCAACCCCAGCUCCUUUUCCCCAAAUGAGCUUGGAACCUUUCAUUGUCAGCUCUUUGCCUGGGUGCUACCAUUCCAGCUGGCCAGAGAGAAUUGGCAGGCCAGAUUGGGGUUCUCAAGGGAUUUUAUGGACAUUCUCCUACAGAUUAAAAAAAGAAGAAGAAGAAAAAGGCCUCUAUUCUAAAGGACUGAUUGUUUGAAUUGAUUCUUUCUCUCUGUUAAACCAGAUUGAAGACUAUUUUAUAAUCACAGUAUGUAAUCAGAACUUACAUGGUAUUUUCAGAUACAUCCCCUUGUUUUAUACUUUCUGGACUUGUUCCGUAUAAGGGUGGUGUGGGCUCCCUGGCUGUGGUAGCAUUUAGUCUCCAUUGCUUUGGGAAUGAUUUGAAGCCUUUUGAAAUGGAGCUUUUGCACUUUAUGCUAUUUUUGUGAGCUAUGAUGGUUAUAUUCGAUAUUAAAGCCGUAAGGGGCAUUUUCUGUGAAUUUAUGUUUGUGUUUAUUUCCCAAAUGAUUUCGGAAAUACCUGAAAAUAAAAGAUGCAUUUAAUGGAUUGUCAA